AUCGCACUUAAUUUAAGCGAGGUUCACGACAACAUCCAGGAACAUGCAUCCAUACAAGGCGAAAUAGUGGAAGCAAUAAUGAACCAUCGAUCAAGCCAAGAACAGAGCCAAAAAGAAAUAAUGACUGUGCUUCAUAAAUUGGAAAAUCAAGUCGCGUUUAAUUUACGUGAGGUUCACAAUCGAGAUCAGGAGGUGAAUACAGCGCUUCAUAAACUCGAUAAAGAGAUCGAGCAUGAGCUGUAUAAGCAAUAUAGUCAGCUUACAUUUUCUUCGUGCAAAGAUGUUCCUUCGAAAAUCUCUGGUACAUAUCUGAUCCGCGUGAAACGUGAUAGUGAACCGUUUGAAGUGUAUUGCGAACAGAAAUCGUUCGGCGGUGGAUGGAUUGUGUUUCAGUACCGUUACGACGGAUCACUGGAGUUUUAUCGUGGAUGGCAUGAGUUUCACGACGGUUUUGGUGAUUUAAACAAAGAGUUUUGGUUGGGUCUUGAGAAGGUUCACCAGAUAACAAGUGCCCGUAAGCAUGAAUUGGUUGUAGAGUUGAAAGACUUUAACGGAACUUACAAAUAUGCGCGGUAUGAUGCAUUCGAGAUAGGAAGUGAGAGUGAGCAAUACAACUUGAAGGAUAUCGGAAAGUAUAGUGGCACUGCAGGUGAUGAAAUGUCCAAUUAUAAGGGUAGGAAGAUCUCAACCAAACAUCAUGAUAAUGCUGAGAACAGCAUGGGGCAUUGUGCUCAGCGCCAUGAAGGUGCAUGGUGGCACUGGUAUUGUAACCUCGCGAAUCUGAACGGGCAAUACAUGGAUGUUGAAUACGAAGGAUCAGGGGCUUUCUAUUAUUUCGAUGGCUCUUUCGAUCAAAGAUUGCGUUAUUCAAGAAUGAUGAUCCGCGAGAAGGAAUAG